AUGUUCAGACAAGCGGUUCGGUCGUUUUCUAAGUCGCCCGUGGCGAAAGCCGACUACUCCAAGACCAUCAAGAACUUGAAGAUCAAUGCCGACACCAAGGUGAUCUACCAAGGGUUCACCGGUAAGCAAGGUACCUUCCACGCCGAACAGGCGAUUGCCUACGGCACCCAGGUCGUGGGUGGUACCAACCCCAAGAAGGCGGGGCAGACCCACUUGGACCGCCCCGUGUUUGGCUCCGUCAAGGAGGCCAUCCGCGACGCCGGCGCCAACGCCACCGCCAUCUUCGUGCCCCCUCACAUCGCCGCCGCCGCCAUUGAAGAAGCGAUUGAGGCCGAAAUCGAAUUGGCCGUCGCCAUUACUGAAGGCAUCCCCCAACAAGACAUGGUCAGAGUCGCCCAGAUGUUGAAGACCCAGGAAAAGACCCGUCUCGUCGGGCCUAACUGUCCCGGUGUCAUCUCCCCCGACCAGUGCAAGAUCGGGAUCAUGCCCUCCAACAUCCACCAGCGUGGUAGAAUCGGUGUCAUCUCGAGAUCGGGUACCUUGACCUACGAAGCCGUCGCCCAGACCACCCUGGUGGGGUUGGGCCAGUCGUUGGUCAUCGGGAUGGGUGGUGACCCUUUCCCCGGUACCAACUACAUCGACGCCCUCACCUUGUUCUUGAACGACCCCGAAACCGAAGGGAUCAUCCUCAUUGGUGAGAUCGGUGGUACCGCCGAAGAAGAAGCCUCGGAAUUCUUGAAGCAACACAACUUGACCCGUGACGUGCCCAAGCCCGUCGUCUCGUUCAUCGCCGGUGUUUCCGCUCCCCCCGGUAAGAGAAUGGGCCACGCCGGUGCCAUCAUUGCCGGUGGUAAGGGUGACGCCAAGUCGAAGAUCGCCGCCUUGGAAUCGGCCGGUGUCAUCGUCGAACCUUCCCCCGCCAGAUUGGGCCACUCGUUGUACGGCCAAUUCAAGGACAGAGGGUUGUUGUAA